UGCAACAGCUCCGUUCAACAUUUCAUCUGCUUUGAGACUGCAACAAAAACAGAUCCAGAAUAUUUAGAAGUUUGUAGUCUGUGCAGGGAGCUGCAGAGGAACGAGGCAAUCAUAAAACUCUAAGACAGCUUGUGCUUCAAGCUUCAAGAAUCCUCCAAGAACAAGCAGCUGGGAUUUAGAAGCAUGUCUCUAGAGGUUAAGGAAAAGACAGAGGUGCGUUUGGUGUUCAUGGGUGCUGCGGGUGUAGGAAAAACAGCCCUGAUCCAACGCUUCCUACAAGACAGCUUCGAGCCCAAACAUCAUCGGACAGUGGAGGAGCUCCACAGCAAGGAAUACGAGGUAGCUGGAGUCAAAGUGACCAUUCACAUCAUGGACACGAGCGGUAGUUAUUCGUUCCCAGCCAUGCGAAAGCUCUCCAUCCAGAACGGAGACGCCUUCGCCCUGGUCUUCUCUGUAGAUGACCCUGAAUCGCUAGAAGCUGUCAAGAGCCUACGUGAGGAGAUCCUAGAGGUCAAGGAGGACAAGCUCCCACCCAUUGUGGUGGUGGGCAAUAAGAAAGACCGGCUGCAUGAACGCAGGGUGUCUGCGGAUGAUGUGCUGGCAAUGGUCGAACUGGACUGGAACAACUGCUUCCUGGAGGCAUCGGCCAAAGAAAAUGAAAAUGUGAUGGAGGUUUUCAGAGAGCUGCUCCAGCAAACCAACCUACCUAGUCGUCUUAGUCCAGCCUUGCGACGUCGCAGAGAGACCUUUCCCAAUGACACGGACAUACGGCCGCCGAUGAACAAGACCAACAGUUGCUCCAUCUCCUAAAUGUGGCAAGAAAAAGACAACAGAUGACAGUUGAGGUUGAGUCACUUCUCAACACUCUCUGAAGUUGAGAUCAUGAGAACGGCUUUGCAAACUCCCUGUAAUCCUGCUCCAAAAUCAGCAUCAUGUUCCUCCCCAGUGAUGAAGGGAAAAGGACAAUGAUUACUGGCAAAGUGGAGAAUGAUCAAGAGACACUGAAUUUGUUACUGCAAUUGCAUUUGUACAGUGAAUGUUUUGACAGUGGUAUUGAGUUCAGUUGCUUGUUGUGUAUAUGUCUAGGUAUACUGGCUAUUCUGACUUUAUUCACAAAAUGACAAGAUUACAAAUAAUGGACACUGCAUUCACUGGUUUACAAGUCAUUGCAUCAAGUACAUUGUUUUCAGUACCAUCAGUUUGGCGCUGUGCACAUGAACUUUCACCUUGUCAAAAACAUGUCAUUCAUUGCACUGAUGUAUUUUUCUUUUAUAUCUUGAUCAACAGGUACAUUUAAGGCUUUCUGACAGCAAUUGUGAAAAUAUUUGGAAUUUGUGUAACAUAGGUAUAAA